AUGACGUCGAUAGAUGCUAAAUAUGAUUUACUCAGGCACACCAUGGCCUCAGAGCUCAACGAGAUCUCCACCUCGAGCACGGUGAGGAACAUGAAUCUAACGGAGUCGAUAAAUCUGCUAAAAUCCAAGAAUCACAAGGAACUCAAGUCGGAGAUAGAGACGAAGAUUGUCACAUUUUUGGCCAAUUUUGAGAAACUGAUUCAACGUGAACAGUCUACAUUGGAAUACCUAAAGUCGGAACUUGAGCAUUUCGAGAAGGAUCUCGAGAAGGAUAUUGCGCAAGUUACGAAGGCCGACCAUCUUUCUGGCGAGAUUGAGAACCUGGACAAAGUGCAGUUUGAGCUUGUGUCAGAAAUCAAUAAACAGGAAACAGAAACGACGAAACAGGCGAACCUGUUGGAUCUCAAACUAGCAAAACUACAGGCUUUGAAGGACCAAGUCUCCGGAUUUGAAGAUCAAGAAUUGGAGAACUCAAGGCUACACUCCCAGGAAAUGAAGUUGAGACUGUUUCAGAGCAUGGGAGUUAUUGUUUCAGAACCAGAACUGAAGACCGAGAAGGUAUUGGUGCAGAAGCCACGGGGACUCGAAACCCACGUCUUGGAAACUAGCGGAUACUCCAACUUCUUCAUAUCGAACUUCAUCUGGGACAGAUUGUGA